UGCUGUACCGGUUGUUAAUUCCCUAGCCAUUCAAACUCCUCCCCACGGCACUCUGAAGCAGCGACGGCACAGCGGGAAGAAUGGAAAAUGUUUAUAGGAGGCCUUAGCUGGGACACUACAAAGAAAGAUCUGAAGGACUACUUUUCCAAAUUUGGUGAAGUGGUAGACUGCACCCUGAAGUUAGAUCCUAUCACAGGGCGAUCAAGGGGCUUUGGCUUUGUACUAUUUAAAGAGGCGGAGAGUGUAGAUAAGGUCAUGGACCAGAAAGAGCAUAAAUUGAAUGGUAAAGUGAUUGAUCCCAAACGGGCCAAAGCCAUGAAAACAAAAGAACCCGUUAAAAAAAUUUUUGUUGGUGGCCUUUCUCCAGAUACACCUGAAGAAAAAAUAAGGGAGUACUUUGGAGGUUUUGGUGAGGUGGAAUCGAUAGAGCUCCCCAUGGACAACAAGACCAAUAAGAGGCGUGGAUUCUGCUUUAUUACUUUCAAGGAAGAGGAACCGGUGAAGAAAAUCAUGGAAAAGAAAUAUCACAAUGUUGGUCUCAGUAAAUGUGAAAUAAAAGUAGCCAUGUCGAAGGAGCAGUAUCAGCAGCAGCAGCAGUGGGGCUCCAGAGGCGGAUUUGCCGGCCGAGCUCGCGGAAGAGGUGGUGGCCCCAGUCAAAACUGGAACCAGGGAUAUAGUAACUAUUGGAAUCAAGGCUAUGGCAACUAUGGAUAUAACAGCCAAGGUUACGGUGGUUAUGGAGGAUAUGACUACACUGGUUACAGCAACUACUAUGGAUAUGGUGAUUAUAGCAACCAGCAGAGUGGUUAUGGGAAAGUAUCCAGGCGAGGCGGUCAUCAAAAUAGCUACAAACCGUACUAAAUUAUUCCAUUUGCAACUUAAUCCCCCCCAACAGGUGGAGAAAGCAGUAUUUUCUGAUUGGAAGAUUCAUUUGAGGGCGGCUCCUGCCCCCCCACUAAUAGCAGUUCAGACUAAAUUUUUUGUAUCAAGUCCCCGAGCGGAAGUAUGACGUUGGCCCCUCUGAAGUUUAAUUCUGAGUUCUCAUUUAAACAAAUUGCUUUCCUCGUUUUUAUUUCUUAAUUGCUAUGCUUCAGAAUCAAUUUGUGUUCCAUGCCCCCUCCCCCGGUAAUUGUAGAGCAAGUCUUGUGUUAAAAAGCCCAGUGUGACCGUGUCAUGAUGUAGUAGUGUCUUACUGGUUUUUUAAUAAAUCCUUUUGUAUAAAAC